CCAAGGAAGGACCUCGCUGUCAUGUUUAGAGACGCUAAGUGUUAGGACUUUGCGUGAUGUAGAUGAAUUUGUAAAGAAACUAUAUGGUGGUGGAACUGAUUUUCAAAGAUCAAAAUGGUGGACGAUGAACUCAAUCAGGCCGAUGGCGCGGGCCAGCGGCCGGUUAAGUUGGGUGAGUUGGUUACUCUACUGGAUGGACGCGUGGUCACACGAUCCAACAUCGCGAAGGUGCAGAUCUUUCACUUCAAAGGAGAGAAAGUGUCAGAAUGGCUUGAGUUGCUCGAGCAAAUUACUAACGAAAUGACAGAGGAAGAGAAAUUUCAUCAGAUUUCUAAGUACGUCUGGUGGGAGAUGCGGCCUGAGGUUAUGAGGGUGGCAGCCGAUGCCGCAGGCAAUUGGGGGAAUUUUAAGGCAGAAAUGCAAAGACGAUAUCAAUUGGGGGAUCGACUCCUUACGACGGAGGACUUGGAAAGGUUAGAGAGGUCUGAUUUCACGACGGUAGGUGCCUUCGUGACGGUGUUCGAGAAGAUGGCGAGGAAGGUUCCAGGGUUGGCCGAGGAGUCCCAAUGUGCCAUCUUCUUGAGCAACUUCACGAAAUGCAAGAGCGUUUCCCUGACAAGAAGAGGUGCUAUAGAGCGGAAGUUGACAUGGGAAACGGUGAAACAAAGCUUGGUGGAUGAAGAAUUGAACCAGGUCUUGACGGUAACUCAGCCUCAGGCUAAAGCCGCAAAAAAGGUGGUGGAGCAAGUGGAAGACGAUGAUGACGAUGAAGGGGAAGAAGUAGCGAAGCUGACAAAGAGUCAGAGGAAGGCAAGGAACCAGGCCGCGGGUGGCCAAGGUUCCAAAAAAGGUGCAGGAGUGCAGGCCGUCGCGCUGGCCCAAGUAAACACGAAUCAGGCGAGUACGAGUGGGGCGCCGCCACAGGGACCAGCACCACUUGGACCCUGGCCAGGGCCCCUUCCUCCUGUUUGGCCGGGGUAUAGUCCAUAUGACUUAUGGCCAUUUUACAACCAACCCGGACCACCCAUAGGAGGACCGACUGCACAUGUUGCAGAAGGGUACCCCACUGCGCCAACUCAAGGUGUAAAUUGCAAGGAGGGGGCCAACAGCAGCAGCAAACACCCCCGCCUCAUGUCGACCAGCCUGGUCAAACGACGGGUCAGGGACAAGGUCAAAACCAAGGAGGUAACGGGCAGAACGGUCAGGGACGAGGCGGUGGAGGCCGCGGACGAAGUAACGGUAACGGCGGACAAGGCGGUCAAGGAGACGAACGCGGAGGCAACUGGAAUGGACAAGGUGGAAAUGACAGGCCAAGGCAAGGAGGAUGAGGAAGAUGAGCGGCUAAGGAAAGAAGAGGAAGAGCAAGCUGCUCAACGUGCAAAGAAGAGGAAGCCAGAAAAUAGGCCAGAAAGAGCGGGAAAAGGAGAAGGCUCGCGAAAGCAAAAAUAUGCGGUACCAUUGGAAGAUGGCCUGGAUAUUGAAGCCUUGGUUGAUAGGCUUCUGGAAGGGCAUAAUGACCUGCUUAAUUUAAAGGAUAUCCUCAUCUUUGCGCCUAAGCUUAGGGAAGGAUUCAAAACACGGUGCUCUCGUCGAAGGAUGGCGAGUGUACGACUAGGAGAUCUUAUCCCUGUCGAGGCUCAUUGGGCGGUUCCUGGGAUGAAAAUGGAUUGGAAAUCGGUCAGGAUUGUGAGUGUGAACCUGAGUAUAAAGGGUAAGCCGUGUAGCGGGAUGCUGGAUACAGGAGCGGAGAUGAAUAUCAUCAAGGAAUCUGACGCACUCCGCUUAGGAAUGGACAUUGAUCGAAUGGACUCGGGGUUCCUCUAUGGCGCAAACGGGAAGACUCAUUUUACUGGGACGGCCUCGAACGUGGUGAUUGAAAUCGGGAAAGCGAAGGUUUGGAUCCUCGGGUUAGAUUUCGCUCAGAUGACAGAGAGGAUUAGGGGUACUGGCAGCUAUGAGGAGCGUGUGGCUCAGAUCGUGAGAGAGUCAUUGGAUUGGAGGCAGUUCGCCAGGCGGAUGCUGAGAUUGUGGCCUCAGCCCAUUGAUCGACAGGGUAGGACCAUGUGUUUCGAUGGGGUUAACCUGGAUGAGUUUCUUGAGGCUUUCCUCAUUUUUGGGGAUGGGCAGAGAUGGACUGAGGCACAGAGGGUUAAGCAGACUUGGGCGGAGCUUAUAGCGACGCUUAGAGAGGCGUUCGCCGCUGGCAGACGACGCAGGCUGCACAGAGAGGUUAGGGAUUACAUUCCGGAGCUCAGGACACGCCCACGAGUACAGCUAGAGGGAGUUGAAGGCGAUGAGAGACGAUCGAGAGAGUGUCGGAGAGAAAGUGAGCAGCUUGGGAUUCCACGCAGGCCUAGGACAGGCAAGCGCCGAGGACGUCAGGGUAGAGGGGAUUCUCUAGAGGAGAGAGACCAGGUACUGGCCAUGGAUACCGGGGGGGUCCUUCCGACGGAUGAUGUGGGGGAAGGGGCCUUACCAAUAGAGUCUCAGAGGUAUGACUCGGAUGAUCUACCUGCACGUGAGAUUAGGACAUUGCCAAUAUCCGAGACCUGUCCGAUUGAGACAGGGAUUAGAGGUUGUGAUCCUGGAGUGGCGCAUGAGGCACCUAUACUCACACAUGAUGGUGAGGAGGUUUCCCUACAAUUUGUGUUGACGACUGCUUCAAACUGGCCUACUAGGAUUGAUACUACGGAGAGAGUGGUUUCCGAUGCUGCAUCAGAGGAUAGGAGGGAUAGGCCUUAUCGGUGGAGAGACACACGAGAUAUGGCAUUAGAUCCCCCACAAGGGGAGCUACAGCUCACGAUAGGGCCUGCCACCAUGGUAACGAUGCAGGAGCAUGAGGGACGAGACCUCACCCCCGCAAGAGUUGUGGAGAGUGAUCCCCAGUGUCAUUCGGUGGAUACGUGGGGCCCUGAUGACAGGAGGCGUAUGAGAGAGGAUACUUUGAGAGAUGUCAUUUGGCCACGGUAUGAGCAACGUCAGCGUGAGCUAGAGCUCAUAGCGGCAUCUCGACAACCUCAGGCGAAGGUCUUGGCACACAGAGAUGGUGCCUACGAGGGGCCUCAGACUGAGCAGGCGCGAGAGGUGACGCCAAUGUAUGGCGAGCUACGGCAUGAUGGGCAGGAGGACCAGCCUCAAUCAGAGCCAGCGAUGGAGGAUGGUGAGAGAGGUGCGAUAGGACCCUCAUCAUUGGAUGGGUUGCCAUUACUGAGCGAGAGUCAGCUGGCUGAGCGACCGAAUGAGUCUAAGGGUUCAUUGACUGCCCAACUAUAUGAUAUGGAGUCUCCUCGGAUGCAGACCCUACGAGUGGGAUCGUCACCUCUGGAUUUUGGAGAUACUCCUCGACGAGACGGGGAUAGGAGUGAGGCCGGCAUGAGGGGCUUCGUUGAGGCAGGCCCAGAGCGUACUCAGGGUGCAUCCAUGACUCAUGAGGAGGAGAGCUUACCAGAGUCUCGGAGGUCGGUAGAUCACGAGCUUGGCAGAAGGGAUUCAUGGCUGGCCGAGGAGACGGGACGGAUGCCAUCAUUACAUUUUCCGGGCUGGUUGGCAUUUGAGCGACUGGGCCAGACCGCGAGACCUCACUUGCCAGAGGAUCGAACUAUUGGUGGGGUCAGAGUACUGUAUGACGACCUGACCAUGCAGAGGACCUAUAUUGGCGGCGGCCUCGCAGCAACUCGAGAGGCGAUUGAGCAGACUCUAGAGGAGGCCGAGGCGGUCCUCAGGAUUCAGGAGCGAGAGGUGAGUGACUGGAGGGCCCAGGUUCAGAGGGUGCUCAGGGAGUAUGAGCCACCUACUAACGCGACGGACAGGAAUAGGCUGGAGCUCAGGGUUGUCCUUGAGACUGUGCGAUCAUCUCAGUUGGAGAGCCAGGUGUCGACCCUUAUCAGGUUACGGCAUGAGACUGAGGAGCAGACACAGAGACUCUUCUAUGAGGAUGCAGCCACAACCCGAUGGCAGGAGGAGGUUAGGAUGAGGAGACGGACUGGAGAGGAGCCCAUGCCCGAGGGCGAGCGUACGCAAGUAGAGGAGGGGCUCCAAGUGAGGUUGCUGUUUGGGGCCUCAGUGCGAGAGUUGGCAGGCGUGAUGGAGCAUGUCAGGAGAGUCACGCAGACCGAGGUUGUGCGAGGAGAGGUACUCCAUGAUGCAGUACAAAGGAUAGGCGUUCUGGAGCAGGAGAACAAAGGAUUGAGGGAUAUGGUACGUGACCUCGUCGCUAGCGCAGAGCAGGCGAGACAGUCCACCUCGAGACUCGAGCAGAGGAUUACUGAUCUAGAGGAGGGUCCGAGGCGUCAGGCCACGACAGAUCUGGUCGACGAGAGGAGGACUGAGGGGCAGCAGAUUCCUAUCGGAUACGCACAAGUCACUCAUGAGGUAGAGCCACGUGGAGUGAGAUUGGACAUCCCUCGACGAGAUUCACAGACAGAGGGGCCACUUGGAGCCAUGGGGAUGACAUGUGAGGAGGCUGCAGUCGUCGACAAGCUCAUGCUUGAGCCGAACGAGAUUGAGAGGAGGAGAGAGGGAGAGGCACGUGGUUUGGACUGGGUCCCUCCCUCAGAGUUGGCUGUUUAGGGGGAUGCAUGGCGAGAGAUGGGCAGUAGGCACGAUGAGCGAGAGGGGGGCUCAGAGUCACAAGAUGUCAUACC